UGACAAUGUGAACAUAAUUUUAUUUUUGCCAUCACUUUAUGUUCAACAGUAUUUUUCCCAGUUCAAUAAUAUAACAACUACCUUGUGUAGCCUGGACUUUUCAGCUUAAGUAAGUUAUUCUGUUGCUUCAUUUCUGCUUGACAGGAUUCCACAUGACAAAACCACUAACCUGUUGAGCAAGUCGAAGUACAGAAAAGGGUCGGGGAGCACUGUAAACAAGACAGAGAGAGGGGGAGAGAGGUAGAUGGAGUGGAGGAGGGGGACAGAAGGGAGUUAAGUCAAUCACUCAGCCAAAAAACCAGUGCCACGCCCCAGGUGCCAGGGCUAGUAAGAGCAAGCAGCAGGAAUGUGAGGGAAAUGAAUGGGAGUGUAAGUCCUGCCAUUCACAUGAAUCGGUGUAUGACCUUCUUCUCAGAGAGCUACAGUUGCCUUCCUCUACUCAGCAGAGCCUAAAGGUCAUGAGUCAAAAGAGUGGCGGAGAGGCAGGGCCUCCCCCUUCAGCUGCUCUAGCAUCAGAUGCCAUGUCCUCUUCUAUGACUACGGAAGGCCACCGCAGUGCUUUUUCCACCUCUUCCAGCUCCGCCAUGCAUUCCAGCACUUCAGCCAGUGACCAGAACCAAGUUCACAGUUGCAAUGUUGACCCAGAGGACACCAGGAAUAGCAGAGCAGUACCAGAGGUUGUCGGAGCUGAAGGUGGGAAUGGUAACGGCGGCGGUAACUGCAGGGGGAGCAGUGAGCUAGGGGGAGGAAGGGGCGCAACGUCCCAGGAGGCCCAGCCACAUCACCAAAUGACCCCAUCUAAACGUCGCACCGUACUGAACAUCUCUCCACCACCACAAGAUCUGCUUGAUGACAGCCGUAUGUCCUGCCAGGAUGAAGCAUCCCUGGACUCAGAGCAGAGUAACAGCAUCUGGAUGGAUGACUCACUCUCCAACUUUAGUAUCAUGAGCACCGUCUCUUACAAUGACAACACAGAGGUGCCACGAAAGUCCCGCAAACGUACCCCUCGUCAGAGACCCGGUCCCAAGUCUGUACCUGCAGAGGAAGCCAGCAUGGACAUGUUUGAUGCAGACAGUGCCAAAGGUCCACACUUUGUCCUGUCACAGUUAGGCCCGGACAACAAGACUGGAUCAAAAGGAAGUUCUGAUGAUCUCCAGACAGCUAAACAGAAAGGAGGAACUCUUUUGAUGCAGUACCCACAGAAGAGCGAGGGAAAAGACCUGAAGAUCCUCGUCCAGCCUGAGACUCAGCACCGAGCCCGCUAUCUGACCGAAGGCAGCAGAGGGUCAGUGAAGGACCGAACUCAGCAGAGCUUUCCUACUGUAAAGCUGGAGGGAGUGAAUGAGCCGGUGGUUUUGCAGGUGUUUGUUGGCAACGAUACUGGGCGUGUGAAGCCUCAUGGAUUUUACCAGGCUUGCAGGGUGACUGGCCGCAACACCACAGCCUGCAAGGAGGUGGACAUUGAUGGCACGACUGUCAUUGAAGUGUCUCUUGAUCCAAGCACCAACAUGACCCUAGCGGUGGACUGUGUUGGGAUUCUGAAGCUCCGUAACGCUGACGUCGAGGCUCGCAUUGGCGUGGCCGGGUCGAAGAAGAAGAGCACACGAGCUCGGCUGGUGUUUCGGGUCAACAUCCCGCGCCCAGAUGGUUCAGUGCUCACACUACAGACACCCUCAUCUCCAAUCCUGUGCACUCAACCUGCAGGGGUGCCUGAAAUCUUGAAGAAGUCACUAAACAGUUGUUCAGUCAGAGGAGGAGAAGAGGUCUUUAUCAUUGGCAAAAAUUUUCUUAAGGACACCAAAGUCAUAUUUCAUGAGAAUGUUUCAGAUGAGAAAUCGUGGAAGGCAGAAGCUGAAAUUGACAUGGAGCUGUUUCAUCAGAAUCACUUGAUAGUGAGGGUUCCUCCAUACCAGAACCAAGCCAUCAUCUCUCCGGUUUGUGUGGGGAUCUAUGUGGUGACAAAUGCUGGAAGAUCCCAUGAAAUCCAGCCUUUUACCUAUACUCCAGAUUCAGCCAAAAAUGAUGUUUCUGUGAAGAAAGAGAUGCCAUCUCCAGUGAAGACUUGUUCAAUCGAUGAACAAAUUAAAGUUCUAGAUGGUGCCUUGAUGCCUUCGAUGUUGCCUUUAGUGAAGAGAGAAGACGUCACUCCAAUGGAGGUCACCAGCAACCUCCAGUCCUCUGGGGUAUUUAAGACUGGUGAUCUUUGUCCAGCCCAGCAGAAUGCAGAUAUAAGUGCAGGCCAUCUGAAUAAAAACAGACCAUUCUCCAGUAGCCUGUCACAGGCUGCGGGUGACCCUGACAAAGGCCAGCCUCCUGUUUUUUCCAACACAGAGCCCUUAAGCACUAUCCAGAAGCAAGACAUUGCAGCCACCAGCUCCUUCUCUGUCCCUGCUGACUCUCUGCUCCAGCAAGGCUCACAGCAGUUCCUACUGGAGCCCAGAGAAGGCCUCGGGCAGGAAAGGCCUGGCAGUGGAUCCGGAGCUGUGGGGAGGCUGUGUGGGGAACCUGCACCUCAACAGCAGCCACUGCCGCUGUUCCCCCCGGAUGAUGUCGCCCAGCUAGAGGAGGCAGUGAGGCAACUUAAAGCCAAAGGGUUCUGUAACUUGCCUCUUCAAACUGACAACUCAAUGGUCAAACAGCAGCAGCAACAUAUCCAGCACCAACAACAGAUCCAGAACCAGCAAAUUGAACAGCGACAGCAGCAACAGCAACAAAUUCAGCAACAGCAGCUUCAACAGCAGCACGUUUUGGAGAACUUACAGCAGCGGCUGUUUCAGUCACAGAUUCAGAUGCAGUGUGGCAUGUUUCAGGAUGCCUCUCAGAGCAAGAAUGCAGAACAGCAGGGCUCAACACAAGGAGUGGUGCCAAACCAGGGGACGCUUUUCCAACAGGCCCAACAGCAGCAGCAGCAGCAGCAACAGCAACAGCAGCAACAAGCAGCUCUCUUUCAGCAGGCAAGUGACCUGCUCUCUAUUCAGACAAACUUCCUCCAGCAGACACCUUCACAUCCCUCACCGCCCAUGUUCCACAACCCCAGUUCUUUGGCCGAACCACAAGAUUCACAGGGGGGCCUGUUUCAGAAGGCCUCUCAGGAGCAGGUCCAGGCUGCUCUCUUUCAGAACACCAUGACAGUACUACAGUCUCCAGACCAACAGCCCUCAACCCCCGGCCUUUUCCUCCCUCAAACGUCCCUGCCCUCUCAGCUUACAACCGGUAGUGCUCAACAGCAGCAGCAACAGCAGCAACAGCACCAGCAGUUGGCCUUUCUCAGCGCUCUACAAACUCCUGCCCCUGAACCACAAUCAGUAUUUCAGGCUCAGACCCAGCUCUCUCCCAUCCAGCAGAGAAGCCCCAUGGAGCAACAGCAGCCCACCCAGCCUCAGCCCCACACACAGCCAACCCAACAGGCUUCCCUGUUUCAGAACAUCCCCCCACACCCAUCUGCAAACACACUCUCUCCAGGCCAGCAGCAGCAACAGCAGGCUGGCCUGCUGUUCUGCAACAACCCCCUGCCCACUCCAGACCAGGCCUCCAGCCUUCUGUUCAGCAGCCAGGGCCAGAUGCCACCACUGACCAGCAGCAGUCUAGUUUCCCAAGAGCCCCCAAACCCCUCUAUGCUCUUUUCCCAAGCCAGCAUGGUGACAGUAAACCAGCAGGAUCGCUCUGAGCCCAUGGCCUUAGGAAACCCCACUGAUCCACGACAGCAAGUCAUGUUUCAGGAGCAACAGCCGAUGCAGCUGGGCAGUGCCUCAGACAACAGACGGGAGCAGGCUGUGGGCCUCUUUAUGCCUCAGUCUAACAUGGCUUCGCUGCAAGGGGGACUGGCUCCUCAAGAUCUCGCACAGUCAGCCAUGUUCGCCUCCCAGAACGGUGUGGCAAACCUCCAGACGACCACCUCCUCCCCCGUUCAACAGCCAGGGACUUUGUUUCAGAGUGCUGUGAGUGGGAGCAUCAAUCAGUCUAGCCAGCCUCAACAACCUGGACUCUUCCUUUUUGGUAUUCAGAAUGAAUGCAGCCAGUUGCUGAACGCUCCUGGAAACACGGUGUCGGAUCAGAUUAUAGCCAUCAGCCAGUCUGGUCAGAACCAAAGAGAGAGUGACGCACACAUCCAGUCUCUGCUCAGUCAGUCCCUGUCUCAGUCUGGGCCUGUGCAGAACAACAUGGCUGCCUCUCAGAACAUGGAGAAGAUUGACGAUCUGCUGGUCAGCCUGCAGGAGUCGGGCAGCAACUUAACUCGUUCAUACUAACCUUCAUACAGGUUGAUAGAUUUAUCUUUUCGUUUGUACUGAUAAUAUCUGGAAUAAUUGUAAAAAUGUAGAUGGAAUAGUUAAUAUGCUAUCUGUUGAUAAGCACUUGCAGUAAUAAAUUUGUGAAUUAGCACUACAUUAUGAAGUUUGAAACAAACUGAACGUUAUUAUGUGCUAAAAUCUGAUCACCAAAUACUUUUGUGCCAUACUAAUGUAUUAUUUGGUCUUCUUCUGCAUUUUUUGGGAAAGAACAGUGAAGCUUAACAUUGUGAAGUGUGACUGGCCUUGCCGAGCCAGUCUGUUCCCCUGAAGACGGUCCUUAUAAUUAACUCUCCUGAGUGGCAUGGAAUUACUAUGAAGAACAAAUAGGACAAAUUAAUAUCCAGACAGUGAACUAAGAUUAUGGUUUGGAGUUUCUUUGCUGAAUGGGCUGAGGAGGAAUAGAAAUGUACUCUAAACGAGAACAGACAAAUUAUCAUUGGCCCUUUUCAUCAUCUCUUCCACCGAAAGUGCAGAAGUGUCUUUGCCUUGUUAUUCAUUUGACUUGUGUUUUAUAUAUGUCUCUAGGUAUAAUGUCAGUGAUGUUAUCAGCAGCAUCUUUGAGUUAUCAUGCUGUUUUCUAAAGUGUUCUCCAAAGUGUUUAGUGGUUUCCAUGAAUAGUGUUCCCUUUAAUACUUUUUUAGUUGCAUAGAGUUUGCGGUACAGCAGGAAGUUUUGGACAGGUUGUGGUAUGUAUGGAUGAAUACACCAUCGGUGUUGAAGGUGGCCACUGUUGACGUGGUUUGUGCACGGCAGAAAGCACAUUGAAAGAAGGUUAGAGAAGUAGAUAGGAGGCGGAGAAACAAGAGGAGGUGGGGAAAUGAAAAGAAACGUUUUGUCUGAUGUGUAGUCACAAAGAAGUGUCUAUCACAUAUGUGGGAGCUUAUUAUUUCAGUGUUUUAGCAGCUAGCUUGCAGCAGAUGACAUAAAUUCACUCUGGCUGUCUCUUAUAGACCAUAAGUGACUCAUUCAUGAUCAUUAAUGUCAUUGAUUGUAUAAUGUAAAAAGAAACUUUUCUCAGUAGGUGCACAUCUGAACUAAAUGUCGCUAUUUACGAAAGGCCCGACUAAAUUAGAUGUAGUCUUGUCUAGACCUGAUUGGGUUGUAGUUCAUCCAGCAGCUGUGCAGUGAAGAUCUGAAACAUAGCUUUCAGCGUUAGAUAACAUCUCCACCACAGUGUGCGGAUAGCAGGUAUAGAAAACAUGUUCAGGCUAACAUUUAGUCUGGAUUCAUCAAAAACCAAACUGUGUCAGUUUGCUGCUUUUUAGAACAGAUUCUCUUUUUAUUUACAGAGAGAUUAAUCUUUUAGAAAUCAUACAAAUAUUGGCUGAGACUUUUUUUUUAACAUAUUCAGCAUAUCACGAUGCUGUUCUCUGUGACCACUUUACCCAUUGAGUGUACGGUAAAAACCCACGCGAUGUCAGCUCUUCCUCAUUGUUUUCAGUGAAGAAGAUACUUUUUUACAUGCACACAGAUCGGGAAUUAUUGUCGUAGUGGAGCGGACUCACAAAAAUAUCUCUCCUUUAAGCCAGCAUCAUUAAAUUUAUGAUGCAGUCAAUUAGUGCAGACCACCUUUUAUGAAUUUAGAUUUAUGGCCUGCAUUUGUAAUAUAAAAGUACAUCUCAUUGCCAGCCAUGUUACAACAAUCAUGACAACUAUCCCAAAACCAAAGCCAUUAUUUAUUGUUGAAAACCAGCUUACACAUCUUGACAAAUGAGGAGGAAUGUGGAUCAGUGCAUUUUUAUUCGAAUAAUGUAAUUUCAGUUGAAACAUAACUCUUAUUUAAAUACAUCUAUAGUAGAGAGAUUCGAAUGUAUAUAGUAUAUUAUUAUUUUUGGUUAGCGUUAGAGGGUUAGAUUAUUACGUGCUUUAGUGUGAUUUUGAUGACAUCAUUCUGCGUCAGGCACGCAUGAACUGGAAUAGUAUUCUUCUACCAGCUAGAAAAGAGCCUUUUCUCUUUCUUUCUUUCUUUCUUUCUUUCUUUCUUUGUUUUUUUUUUACCAGUUUUAUUAAUGUGAUGGAUUCAGUGAAUGUUGAGGAGAAACAGUAGUUUGUUGACUACAGCUCUACGUUGUACAUGUCAUCCAGGUUAAAGUAUUAACAUGCAGGAAUGGAGCCCAUUUUACAUGUUUUCUCGUGAAUAAGGAGCUCGAAAGACUUGAUGUCUUCGUGUGCCACUGGCCAGUGGCCUCAGGGCCAAAGUUUGACUCAAAUCUUGCUUUGCAUUAAUCCUGAUGACAGGCCAGUUUUAUGGCUCGUGAGGUUUUAUGCUCUUUUUUUCCUGACUUGCAAGUUAUCAUUAACAAGUUAUUUUUUGCCUCCAUCAUUAUUGGGCACGAUGUCCUGCUGCCACACUUUUCUUUCUGUUUGUUUGUUGUGUUAUUUUGGAAGAAAAAAAAAAAACAUGUUUGUGUCACGUUUAGUGUCAUUGUAAGUGUAUGCGUGAACAAGGGGCUGGUCUCUCUCAUGAUGACAGGAUUAGCUCAGUUUUAUGCCUCAGUCGUUGUCUUGUUUUCUGUGUACAGUUUGUUGAGACACACAUGCACGCCGUUACAUUUUAUACACUUUAAAAUCAGAAACAGCUGUUGUUUUAUGAUGGAGAUUUUGUAAACUUGACUGAUGUGAUAUGUGGAAUUAUGGCAUGUCAGUUUGAACAGUUUGAGUGGUUUUUAAAGGGACCCUACUCCUGAAGGAAACCUGACUUUGGAGAAAAGAUCUGUGAUUGGCUUUCUUCAGCUUGUGAAAUAGAAGAACUAAGAUUUCCAGUGUUGAGUAUUUAUGAUUUUACUUGUUUUUGUUUUUUUGUUUUUUAUUUUACAAAGUUUUUUUGUUUGUUUUUUUUUUAUUGGUCUAGUACCUGUGCCUCUUUUCGGAGAGGCUUCUCUAAUUUAUUCGUUUGUUGGUUAUUAUCUAAAUUGUUUCCCGUGAUCAUAAUUGUGUUCAGAUAUUAAUUGUAAUGACAGCUAUGUGAUUUGGACCCUACACCUGCUGAUGUUGUAACUGGCACCUUGUGAUGACAAAUGUGAUAGUACAGUGAUUUCUACUCUGAUAAUACACACCUUAAUGUACAUAUCAUGUGUUGUUAAAGGCAUAUAGAAGGACCUCUGGCCCUGUAGUCCUUUUUGACCAAAUAGCUUGGCAAAGCAGGGCAAAAAUGGCUUCAAACCAUUUUUACUAACAAAAUCAAAAAAUAUUUUAAACUGGACCAACAAAUUUCAGUAUUUUUUACUAUGAAUGUGAUUAUACAGCAUGGCUGUAAAUGUCUCAGAUGCAGAAUGUCCUUUUAUACACAUGCUGGGGAGGUAAUUACUUUUUUGAAAUUACAGUUUCUUCAGCUGUGUAUUUACAAUGUAACUGGAGAUCAGAAAUAUGUAAAAGAGUGACUCAUUAUACAGUCAGUACUAGUUGUAUGGAAAAGAGAGGUCGGGGUCGUUGAUUAAAAAAAAAGUUCUCAUAUUUCCUUAAGACACUACAGACUCUGGACUGUCUCUGUUUCUUGCAAUAGAACAGUUAAUUUGAUACCAUCAAACUGAGUCUAUGACAGGUGUUUGAACGGUUGAAUCUUUCUAAAAUGUCUCUUCAGACAUUAGUAGGUAUUGUACAUGUGCUUGAGGAGAUGUUGUAGUAGCAACAGGAUUGUUGUUUUACCAUUGUUGCCUGUUUUAUACCCCGCUGGUUCUGCCGGUGACGAUUAGUCCUUAGUAAUUACAAUGUUUUAAGCCAUAUGACUUUAAAUGUACUUUAAAUGCUCAACAACAGUGACCCGAUAGGUGUGGUUGUGGUUGAUACAUGUGUUGUGCAAUUUCUGUCGUGCAUCUAACUUGUUUGUACUGAAGUAUCCAUCGCAUUUAUGUUAUACAACGUAGAUGCAGGCAAAUUUUUCUCUGAAACUGCUAUGCAGCUAAUAUACUGUAAAUGUAGAACUGUUAGUUUUUGAAUAUAUAUUUUUCUAAAUAGCCUCUCCAAAGUAGAAAACCAAAGUAGAUGUUCUUUCUAUUAUUUAUGUCGCUUUUUGAAAUAUUUUCUGAUGCUUUCAGUGGCACCUGGAACCAAUUUUUAAAUCUUUUAGUCAGCUGAAAUGCAAAUUUCUCAACAAUCAUCUCAGACAUGGGAGGAGGGUGGGGGUGUGGAGGUGUAAGACAAUGUUCACUAAUUGUUUGCCAGUCUUCUUUAUUCCCUUCUUGUUUGCAGAAUUUAAGUGGAGUUUUGCGUGGUGUCCAGGCUUACUGUUUAUCAGUGCAGUGGUUCCUAAUCUUUCUGGUUUCUGUCACAGCCUCUGAAUUACCAGGAUGUCAUGUCGUUCUCACAUAUCUACAUAUUCAGAUCUCUAGAUGUCUAUGAAUGCUAGAUUUGGUUUAUCCUGUAAUUUAGGAACAAUGUGAAUUAUAAAUUCUGCAGAACUUUUUUGCACAAUGUAAUUGUUGAGCCUGGUGUUACUAUUUUCCAUGAAUGAUUUGCUUUCUCCACACUUCGGUAAUGUCCUUAAAGUCUCAUCACUCCAAACACAAGUGAACCACUGUCCUUGUCAACACACAGAAGAUUUUGGGUCCUUGGGUUAAAUUUUGCCUUUUUUGUUUCUAACCAUGUGAACAACUGUCAAAUAAUCACCCUUGGGUGGGGGGUGGGGGGUUUACUAUAUAUAUUUGGCUUUUGUUGGGAUGUUUUUAUUCUCUUGCGAUUAAAUUUCUGUAACUUGCUGCUAUCUCUAUUAAACAUAUAUACUUAAAA